AUGGUGAAGAAGACAAGUAAGAGCAAGAAAGGUCCCAGUACCUCAAACGAACAGGAAUGCGUCGUAGAGCUAGUGUCCAAGUCCAAACAAAACACCUUUUUUGCCUUACCUACGCCUUCCAAUGAUGACUUACCGGAGGAUGAGAAUCCUCAAAAGAAAACCGGUUUUAACACAAGUAAGCGGUCACAGUUGAUCAAGAUGUUGUGUCUGACCUUGCUGCCGAUCCUCAGUCUGAUGGGUUUCACACUUUUCUCUCUCACCGAUACAAUCAACAAGAAAAUGGAAAAUGAAAAGACCCGUAAGGAACUACAACUAAGUGUAGAACUCGGUAAUCUGAUUCACCGACUACAACAGGAAAGAGAUACAAGUGUCUUGUACCUCAGCGCUCUGGGACCGGAAACUAAAACGUUCUUGUUGCAAGAAUACAUAGGCACUAACAACGCAAUAUAUGCCCUGUCAGAAUGGCCGAGAAACCUCGACACCGAUAACAGAGAGGAGUUCGAAUCUCGGGACAGACUCCGUGAAUACCUUGUUAGACAUCGACAACUUCUGACCAAGGUUGAAUACAAUCUACAAGUGGAGAUUGACUUUUACACAAAUAUCAUCCGUGUUGUGAUCGCCUGGCUGUACGAUUCUAUAACACGUGGGAAGGAUGCCGAGGUUUGGAAAACUCUUGUUGCAUACCUUAAACUAACAAGUGGGAAACAAGAUGUGGGGAUAGAAAGGGCUCUCGGAACUCUCUUCUUCGUGCAGGGAGGAUUUGAGACACGUGUCUCUAACCAGAAUUACUUUGAGAUGUAUAACACAGUUAUUUAUAGAUUCCGUGCGUUUUACGAAACCGCCGAACUCUAUUCAAAUAGAGUUGAUCGCUUGUACUCUUCUGGAGUAAGCGAAGCCGGAAGUGACUUGAUUGCAAUUAUAGAUGGAUUUCGGUUCGAAAUACAACACUACGACAGCGAGGUUUUCUACCCAGAUAUCCAGAAAGCCCGUUAUUGGUUUGAUAAUAUGACUCUUUAUUUGGAUACAUUGUUGAAAAUUCAGCAAAAUUUGGGAUUUGAAAUCAUCGGACGACUCGACGUUGUUAUCGACGAUUCAACCCGUGACCUCUCCAUCAGCGUGUCUUGUCUAGUCAUAGUUCUGAUUAUGUGUCCGUUGGUCAUUUUUGUCGCGGAUAAUCUUACGAGCAGUAUACAAAGGUACGCGUUAAGGUUGGUCUCAACGACUAAACAGCUCAGCGAGGAACAUCAAAAGAUAAACUCUCUUAUUUACCAAAUGGUGCCAGAAGUUGUAGCAAAACGAUUCGAGAAAGACAUGUUUGGAAAUGCUGAGAAUAUUAAGUCAAUGACAGUCAUGUAUUUUGACGUGCAUGAUUUUGCCGCUCUGACGUCAUCGUGUUCCACUAACGUCGUUGUGGAGCUCCUAACAAAUCUCAACAACGCGAUAGAAUCACUGGUAGAAAACAACGAAGCAUUCCACGCACAAACAUUUAAAGAUAGCAGCAUGAUUGUAGCAGGUAUGGCUGGACGUGAAGAUGAUCGGCAUAUGCAAACUAUAGCAGAUAUCUCUCUGGAGCUGCUCCAACUGGUACAUGAAAGUCCCUUUCUCUUACCAGAUUUCGGACCAGUGCAACUCAAGAUCGGAAUCAAUACGGGCUCUGUAAUGUCAGGUAUCACAGGCAGAAAAAUACCACGUUACAGCAUUUUCGGAGAGAUGGUCAAUAAGGCAUUCCGUAUGAAGAAUUCCAGUAGACCCAAUCAUAUACAUCUGACGUACUCAUCGUUCAGUGUGCUACAGAAGGAAGGGGUGUACAUGAUGCAGAGACGAAGUAAAUACAACGAGUCAAGCAUCGGAAAGGGAAAAGGAAAAGUUAAAACAUACUGGUUGAUCGGGAAGAAAGACACUUGUUUCUUUAGAUGCAGUGAUGAUGAAACCUUGGAUGAACAGGUGUCUAAACAACGAUCGGAUGUAGAAUAUCCAGGAGAGUUGGCCCAGUAUGAAAAAGACACCAGCUAUAAAUUACCUCUUCAGGUAAUCACACCACAAGAAGUCACCGAAAAAAGUUUGCAAAACGUGAAAACUAGUGAGAGUAGUUAA